AUGGGUCUGUGGGGGCUUUUCAUGCGUUUUUGGCGUCCCGUGGUUCCCCAGGUUCUGUUUUGGGGGUGGUUGUGGGGUCCGGCCCGUGGAUUCCCGGGGGUCUCACGUGCUGCUGUCCCCGCAGAGCCCAUCAACACCUUCCACGGCAUCCAGCACAACGAGGACGAACCCAUCCGGGUCAGCUACCACCGCAACAUCCACUACAACUCCGUCGUCAACCCCAACAAAGCCACCAUCGGCGUGGGGCUGGGGCUGCCGUCCUUCAAACCCGGGCUGGCGGAGCAGUCGCUGAUGAAGAGCGCCAUCAAGACGUCGGAGGAGUCGUGGAUCGAGCAGCAGAUGCUGGAGGACAAGAAGCGCGCCACCGACUGGGAGGCCACCAACGAGGCCAUCGAGGAGCAGGUGGCCCGCGAGUCCUACCUGCAGUGGCUGCGUGACCAGGAGAAGCAGGCCCGGCAGGUCCGCCUGCCCCCAUCCCAC